AUGCUCACUGAUGUCGCAUUGCGUUUGGAGUCUUCCUGUGUCUUUUUGAGGACUGGCUGGGCGGCAACAUUGAGCGCAAGGGGUCAAGCCUACCUACCCCCUUCUGGUCCAGCUCCACCUAUAGACGGUCGCUCUGAUGAAUCCGAUGGAGGCGCUAUGGUGCGCGACAACGAAAAGGAGUCUCACGAAGUAGCGACAUGA